UACAGCUACAAUAAUCGACGAGUCUUUCUCGUUUUAGGGUUCUUCUAAACUUUUCUUAAAUACCUACGCCCUUUCCAUUUUCCCCGAUCCAAAUCCGAUUCACUCAAUUAUUAAUCACACAUCUUCAAUUUUUCUUCUUCAUUUAACCCUAAACAAAAAAAAUUAGAUAAACAGUGUUUCAAUUUUCUGCAAUCGUUUUGGUUUUUCUUCGCUUUUCUCUUUUGAAAAUUUGAAGCGGUUUUCUGUUUCUGGGGUUUUGCGUUUUUAUGGUAGAGAUGGAUGGAUUUGGUGGCGGGGAUGAUGUUGGAGGACUUCCUAACAAACUAGAUCUUCAUCAAUUAGAGGAUAUUCCUAAAGAAGGUGCAGUUUUUGAUGCAACACAGUAUGCAUUUUUCGGUCAAAAUGCUCGCGUUGAAGAAGUUGAAUUGGGAGGGUUAGAAGAUGAUGAAUGUUUGCCUGACUCUAAUGAGGAGGAGUUCCUUCUUAAUAAUAGAGAAGAGGUUGAGGAUGUAAAGUCGCUUUCUGAUAUUGAUGAUCUCAGCACUGCUUUUUGGAAGUUGAACAAGGUUGAAAUUGGACCACAAAGCACAACAGUUAUUGGUGCACGGGGAUCAAGAGAAAAUUCUACGGCUGAAUGGACACGGAGGAAUGAUGAUCUUAACUGGUUUGACCAGAAUCCUUAUGAUAGUGAAGGUUCUGUGGAUGGAAGAAGACUGUCAUCGCAGCCUUAUCCUUCUCUUGCUCCUUUGCAAGAAUCUAAUUCCCUGUAUAGAACUUCUUCAUAUCCUGAGCAGCAAAGGCAGCAACAACCCUACCUUCAACUUGGCUCAAAUGAACCAGUUCCUAAUUGGUUUGAUCAGUCUUUUCGUGAUUCUGAAACACAGGAUGGCAAACGAUGGUCGUCUCAGCCACCUUCCUCCAUUGCACACAUAGAAGAAUCGAAGUCCUUGUACAGUACAUCUUUAUAUCCCGACAAACAACACGACCUUCAUCAUUUUUCUAAUGAUUCUAUUUUGGCACCAAAUUCUUCUUUUACAUCUUAUCCUCCACCCGGUGGUAGAUCUCAGCAGGCUUCUCCAAGUCAUAAUACAGGCCCCGUAAACGUUCCAUAUCAUGCUGUAGGAGCUCAGAUGGCUCUAUCUCCUCAAAAUCGUUCUCAUUUAUCCAAUUCUGCACUACAGUUGGGUGGAUUAAACCACGGGUCACCUUUUGGUGGAAACAUUCGCCAGUUUCCUAUGAGUUCCCCUCUUAAUCAGCGAGUACCGAAUCACUUGGUCAACCAGGCAGGGCUAUAUAAUGGAGUUCGUCCCAAUAUUUCUUCUGGCUUACCAAUGAUCAACAAAUAUGAUCAGAUGCUAGGGAUGAUGGAGCUGAGGGAUCAAAUGCCAAAACCUGCUCCAAUGGGUAGGCAGAAUCUCCGAUUUUCUCCUCAGGGUUUUGAUGCGAGUAACCACAAUAAAUUCAAUAAUGGAUGGCCCCGAUUUAGGUCUAGGUAUAUGACGACUGAGGAACUUGAGAAUAUAUUUAGGUUGCAGCUUGCAGCAACACAUAGUAAUGAUCCAUACGUAGAUGAUUAUUACAAUCAAGGUUGUCUUGCGAAAAAAUCUUCAGGUGCUAAAUUGAGGCGUCACUUUUCACCAGCUCAAAUAAGGGAAAUCCCUUUACGAGCUUCUGCUAAUGAGCCACAUGCUUUUCUUCAGGUUGAUGCUCUAGGGAGGGUUCCAUUCUCAUCAAUUCGCAGGCCCCGUCCUCUACUGGAAGUUGAUCCACCAAAAUCUUCACGUGCUGUUGGUCCCGACCAAACCAUAUCAGAAAAGCCUCUUGAACAGGAGCCAAUGUUGGCAGCAAGAGUCACAAUUGAAGAUGGUCUUUGUGUUCUUCUUGAUGUAGAUGAUAUUGACCGUUUCCUACAAUUUAAUAAGCAGCUUCAAGAUAAUGGAGAUCAUUUAAAACGGAAAAGGAAGGGUCUUUUGGAAGGACUUUCAGCCUCACUUCAAUUAGUUGAUCCACUUGGAAAGAAUGGACAUGCAGUUGAACUUGCAGCAAAAGAUGACUUUGUUUUUCUCAGGAUAGUUUCUCUACCCAAAGGUCGAAAACUACUUGCUAGGUACCUCCAACUACUUUUUCCAGGUGGGGAGCUUAUGCGAAUAGUCUGCAUGACCAUCUUUCGUCAUUUAAGAUUCUUAUUUGGUGGUCUUCCCUCCGAUCCAGCUGCAGCAGAAACUGUAAUAAACCUUGCAAAUGUGGUUUCAAAAUGCAUCCGCGAAAUGGAUCUUGUAUCACUUAGUGUUUGCCUAGCUUCGGUUGUUUGUUCUUCCGAGCCUCCGCCUCUACGCCCCCUUGGAAGCCCUGCUGGAGAUGGAACUUCUGUUAUUUUAGUAUCCGUGCUUGAGAGAGCUACUGAACUUUUAACCGAUCCUCAUGCUGCUAGCAACUAUAACAUUAGAAAUCGUUCACUUUGGCAGGCUUCAUUUGAUGAAUUCUUUGGUCUUCUCACUAAGUAUUGUGUCAAUAAGUACGACAGCAUCAUGCAUUCAUUUCUCACUCAAGGGACAUCAAAUAUGGCGGUCAUUGCGCCUGAUGUUGCGAGAGCUAUAAGUAGGGAAAUGCCCGUUGAGCUUUUGCGCGCAAGUCUACCUCACACUGAUGAUCGCCAGAAGAAAAUAUUACUUGAUUUUGCUCAGCGCUCUGUAGUUGGAUAUAAUAGUAAUUCUGGGGGUAAUGGUCACCAUGUAAACUCAUAGUCUGUGGCGGGGUUACUUAGAUAAUGCGACAUUCAUCUAAGGAGCUGUUUUCAGUGUUGAAUGGCAGUAAAUUUCAUAACCUUAUUUUAGUUACUUUGGAGCAGUUUGAUGUGGAAGUAUCAGGUGCAUCUUGCCUUGAAAGUGUUUUAUCAUCCUCAUAUCUUUUACUUGUUAAUGCCAUGUAGCACUAUGAUAAAUGUGCAAUCAGGCCCAUUGUGUAUUAUGAUAGUCUUGGCUUGAUUUGUUCCUCUUGUCGUUUAUUUUCUUUUGACAGGGGGAGCUUUUUGUUACUCAGUUUGUUGUUUCUAGGGAACAGUAGUGAGUAGUAUUUCCAGGAUUAGGUUUAAGCUUAAUCCUCAUGGUCCUUAUAUUAUCAUAUAGAGGCAUGGGAUUUGUUUUGUCCAUUACUCCUUAAUGUCUACCUUAAUAGGUUUCACAUGUCCAAAUUGAAGCAGCAUUGUGGGCUUGGCCAAGAUGGUAUUGGCAUGUUUAAUAAUAAGUUCUGUCAACCUUUUA